AUGUUCGCCUCUCAACUUACAUUCACAAGCGUGACACUCCUACGCUCUGUUAGCGCGACUGGUGGUCUUUCCGGAGGAUCUCGGGAGCGUUUGUCGGCAACACGCGUAGAUGCGCACCUACGAGGGUGGCAGGCUCCCCUGUGGUCGCUGCCAAUGUGCGGCAGCUGCCUGCACCGUUUCGUGACACCAACUCGUUCGCGCCUAGGCUGGGCGCGUGGAACCCAAAGGUUACACAGGGGGCAACACGCGCGGACGGGAGUCCUGUACAUGGCAGCACCGCACGAGGAGGCUAGUCGCCCGCCCAACUUCGACGACCCCAAGUGGCUACCCGAAUACGACCAGGACUUUCUGGAGGCGCGUGUGCUCACUUUAAUCGAAAACGGCGCUUGCUGGCUGCUUGUCCUUCAGCCUUUUCUCACACCCUCCUACAUACUGCCCAUGUUCAUCGGCGACACAGAGGCGCAAGCGAUCAAAAACGUUCGCAGUGGUCAGAAGACAGCGCGGCCGGGUACGCAUGAUCUUGCCAAGAACGCUCUGGAAGCGUGCAAUAUCCGCGUAGUUCGCGUUGCCGUGACGCAUGUUCUGGGCGGCUCUUUCGUUGCGCGGAUCUGGCUGCGUGCCGAGGGAGCAGUCAAAGAAGUGAACAUCGACAGCCGGCCCUCGGAUGCCAUCGCGCUUGCGUUACGCUUCAAGGUACCUAUCUGGGUUCGGAGACAGGUUUUGUUUUCUUCGGGCUGUCCCAUCGAAAAGUAUUACGUGGUGCGCCCAGCCAAUCCGGAAGGCGGCCGAAGUCUGGGUACCAGCGCACGCAAGUCGCGCAGCCUGUUUGACCCUCGACCGGUCAUCGGCCCCGACGAUCCGAUCCUGAACCCUCCUCAGACAAGCAUGUCGAGCAAAACAAUCCUUGCUCUCUUCCGGAACAACUCGCCGUUCAAGACCGAUGCCGUGCACAAGCUGGAGCGCGAGCUCAAGGAGUGCAUCGCGCGGGAGGACUACAUGGAAGCGGCACGCAUCCGAGACGAGCUCCGGCGACUGUUCCCGUUGGACGCGAUGCGCGACGCCAUUCGCAAGGCGAUCGAGGAGCAGCGAUUUGAUGAUGCAGCGCGCAUCCGUGAUCAAAUCAUCACUUGGAAACUGGAGAAUGAUCCGAACCUCCCAGCUACCUCCGAGUGGAAACCAGAUCUGGAUUUGUCAUCCCUCGGUGGAACUCGUGACCCGAAGAACAUCUCUGACCUGCCAUCAAACGACUCGAAAGACUCACAGCAACCUCAGCAGCGACCGGAGAGCGAGGAGGGCCCCAACGAUUCGAUGUUGUAG